AUGCAAGACAAGCAGCUUGAUGCCCGAGGAAAGCCUGGUUUCAGCACCAUCCAAAAGUUUGUAUGCGCCAUACGUCAAUUGGCGUAUGGCUACAAUCCCGACUCGCUUGACGAGUAUCUACAGAUGGGUGAAGAAACAGCAAGGUGUUAUCUAGACAAUUAUUGCAUGCUUGGAAGCAUUGAUUGCAUGCACUGGCCUUGGAAGAACCGCCCCAAGGCAUGGCAAGGUCAGUUUACGCGUGGUGAUCACGGUCAUCCAACCAUCAUGCUUGAAGCAGUAGCUUCAUACGAUAGCUGGAUCUGGCAUGCUUUUUUCGACACAACUAGUUCGAACAAUGAUAUAAAUGUUCUGAACCAGCCGCCUUUAUUUAGGGAAAUCAUUGAAGAUCAUGCACCUGAUAGCUUGUUCACUGUUAAUGGCACCCACUACAAAAAGGGUUACUAUCUUGCGGACGGCAUUUAUCCCGAAUGGUCGACUUUUGUAAAGGCGUAUUCAUGCCCUCAAGAUGAGAAGCGAAAGAAAUUUAAAAAGUUUCAAGAAAGUGCCUGGAAGGAUGUCGAGCGUGCCUUUGGAGGGCGUCAAAACUCAUGGCACAUUCUAACCCAACCAGCAAGAUCAAAAAGCGUGAAUCGGAUCACUCGAACAAUGUACGCAUGUGUUAUAUUGCAUAACAUGAAGGUUGAAGACGCGGGGUACGCCAUAAGCUCACUCGAGGAAGGAGACGACAUUGACCCAAUCGUCUUACCGGAGCGUACGUUCCAGGAAAGGAUUGCACUUCACCAACGUACCGGUAAGGGGCUUCGAGAUCGCACUGUGCAUCAUGCUCUUCGCCAUGAUCUUACGGAGCAUGUAUGGCGCCUCCCGGCUUAA